ACGAAAGUGAAAAGAAGAAGGCAGAGUGCAAAAAGAAUGGCAACUGGUAGAGUAGCUGAUUAUUUAGAUGAGGAUUUAGUUUGCCCUGUUUGUUCGAAUUUGUUUGAAGAUCCUGUAAUACUGGAAUGUGGGCAUCAUUUUUGCAGAUCAUGUAUAGAUAAAGUAUGGGACAGAGAGCAAAUUCUCUCCUGUCCGGAGUGCAGAGCAGAAUGGCCAGCCAAGAAAUACACUAUCAACAGGGUGUUAGCUAAGAUGGUAGAGAAAGCUCAAGUUAAACAGGAAGAAACGAAGGGUGGAAAACCACAACAGGAACAGAAAAGUCACUGUGCACUUGGAUCACAGCAAUGCCUGGAACACAGGGAGGGGCUGAAAUUAUUUUGUAAGGAGGAUGAAAGUCCCAUAUGUGUCGUCUGUAUGGUAUCACAAAAACAUGCAGGCCAUACUUUCCUUCCAGUGCUAGAAGCUGUCAGUAUGUUUCAGGAAAAGUUGAAAACUGCUACAGAUGCUCUAGAAUUCAAAUUGAAAUGCACUACAGAGCUCCAACUAAAGCAGGAAGGGAAGAUUUCUUAUAUCCAGAAUUCCUGCUGCUUCCUCAUUCAGCUGUUGGAUCAACUGCUGCUCCUUUUCAUGAAGAAACUGACAAAAUAUGUAUCCUCAAUGUCAAGCCCUUUUACAGAUGCUGAAAAUGACAUCAUCCUGGAGGCAUUGUGUCAACACCAUCAGUUCUUGCAGUCCAGGGGGAGGGCAAACACGGAAGAGUGGGCAGCAUUGUGGGCUGACCUAAUCAGCGAUGUUAAUUCUAUUGAUCAUCACAACAGGACAUUUGAGCAGGUGCAACACUGUGCCACUGAUAUUAUCAAUGCCACAUACAGAAGAACAGUGGACAUGGCCAGGGAUCAUGAUGUCACUGGUGGAGGCCCUGCAGCAGAACAACCACUGUCAGCCACUGAGGAAUUUCUGGCAAUCCUAGUAACACAGGACAUCUCCCAGGCAUCCAUCACAAAGUGUGUCAUUAAUGCCUCCAUUUCCAUGCAAGAGGAGCAUCCAGAUAUGGCUAAUUGGAUCAUCACUGGAAUAAUGUAG